ACGCAGAAAGGAGAGACAGAGGCAGAUACGCACAAGCGCUUGGAAAAAUAAGACUCAAUCCGGUGCGCAACACCAAGGCAUGAGAUUUGCGUGAAGCAGCGUCGUUUGCGCGCUAUCCCGGGAGGACUCCGUUCAAGUGACCCCAUUUUCUUUGUGAAGAAGUUGAAUUAAACAGCUGGAUUCAGAAUUAUCGAUUGCCAUGGGCUCCAAAAGGCACCGUUCAAAGACUACGGCGGCUUUGCGCUUCACGAGCUGCUCUCCAAUGGGACUUUCGCUGUUGCUUCUUCUACCUUUGUCUGUUGCCUUCAACUUGGAUGUGGACAACCCAGCGGUGUAUAAAGGACCCAGCGGCAGUUAUUUCGGCUACUCGGUGGACUUUUACAUGUUCGGGUCGAGUGUGAGUAUUAUAAUUGGAGCACCCAAAGCCAACACCAGCCAGCCCAACAUCAGAGAGGGAGGAUCUGUCUUCUACUGUCCAUGGAGUCUCGACCAAUCAAACUGUAGCAGCAUCGAGUUUGAUCCAUACGGUGAUCUAAACCUGACGGUGAACUUCACACCGCAGCAGGGAGAGUUCAAAUCCCACCAGUGGUUCGGAGCAACAGUACGAGUCCAUGAAGAUAGUGUCCUGGCUUGUGCUCCUCUGUACUCAUGGAGGGGCAUGGAGAACACGCCCCAUGCCGACACUACCGGAUCAUGUUAUCUGUCAGUCAAAAAUUUCACCAAGUUUGUGGAAUAUGCUCCGUGUCGCACAGAAUUCCAUGGAGGAAGAGAACAAGGUUAUUGUCAGGGCGGAUUCAGUGCUGAUUUUACGCGGGAAGGAAAGGUGGUGCUUGGAGGACCUGGCAGUUACUUCUGGCAAGGUCAAGUGAUCACAGCAGUCAAAGAAAAAAUAGUCCAGGCUUAUUACCCAGGAUACUUCCUCACAUCGGUGGACGGGCUCAUUCAGACCAAACAGAAAAAAGAAAUCACCUUUGACGACACCUACAUGGGUUACUCUGUGGCUGUGGGCAAUUUCAGUGGAGGCGUUGAAGAAGACAUUGUGACUGGAGUUCCCAGAGGACUAAAACUACACGGGCAGGUUUCCAUUCUGAAUGGCUCUCUGGACAUGUUGAAGAACUUUACUGGCGAGCAGAUGGGAUCCUACUACGGUCAUGCGGUGGCAGUUGGUGAUAUCAACAACGAUGGUAUGACAGAUCUGCUAGUUGGAGCUCCCAUGUUCAUGGUUCGAGAUUCUGAUGGGCGUUUGGAGGAGUUGGGUCGGGUUUACGUGUACCUGCAGAACGGACCUCUGGACCUCACGCCUCAGCUACCUCACCUCACCGGCACUCAUAUGUUCGGCCGGUUUGGCAGCUCCAUCGCUCCUCUCGGAGACCUCAACCAAGAUGGCUACAACGAUGUGGCCAUCAGUUGUCCGUUCGGUGGGGAGAACAAACAAGGAUUGGUGUUCGUCUAUAAUGGAUUCGCUGGAGGUCUCCGAGAAAAGCCGUCUCAGGUGAUCGCUGGCCAAUGGGCUUCAUCUGUAUCAUCACAUUUACCUGCCAGUUUCGGAUACGCCCUUCGUGGAGGUGAAGAUUUGGAUUACAACGGCUACCCGGAUCUCAUUGUUGGUGCGUUUGGUGCAGACGCCGCUAUUUUGUACAGAUCUCGUCCUAUUGUAAACACAAGUGCCACCCUGAGUGUCUAUCCAACUAUUAUUAAUCCUGAAGAGAAACUUUGCACCAUUAGCCACGGGACUGAGACCCAGCACGUUUCCUGUGUAAACCUGAGCUUCUGUCUCUCAGCCAAUGGGAAGCACCUACCAAAUCAUCUCGAGUUUAACGUUGAAGUUCAGCUGGAUCGUCUGAAGCAGCAGCAGAAGGGAUCUGUACGGAGAGCUCUGUUUUUGGACACACAGCUACCAAGUCUACAGAGGACGUUAACUGUGCCGAAUGGAGCCAGAGUCUGUAGUGACACAAAGAUCUACCUGCGGGAUGAGAAAGAUUUCAGGGACAAACUGUCUCCCAUCUUUGUUGCUCUCAACUUCAGCAUGAACCCGCAAGCCGCUGCAGACGUGCACGGACUGCGGCCCAUCCUCAACUACCAGACGGCACAGCUCCUCGAACAGAAAGCCCAGAUUUUACUGGACUGUGGAGAGGACAACAUCUGCGUCCCUGACCUGAAACUCUCUGUGCACGGGGACAGGAAGGAAGUCUACAUGGGUGAUGACAACUCUCUGACUCUGACUUUCAACGCAAAGAACGAUGGAGGUGGAGCAUAUGAAGCAGAGCUGUAUGUGGUCCUGCCACCAGAGGCCGACUACAUCGGAAUUGGGCGUAAUAAUGAGAGUUUGACCCAACUGACCUGCAGUUACGAGACGGAAAAUCAAACCCGUUAUCUCAGCUGUGACCUGGGCAACCCCAUGAAAUCAGGCACCAGCUUAUGGGCCGGACUGCGCUUCACGUUGCCUCGUCUGAAGGACACACACAAAUUUGUGCAGUUUGACCUGCAGAUCCGUUGUAAGAAUGAAAAUAACUCCCAGAGUGAAGUCGUCCCCUACAAGUUGGAGGUGGCGGUCCAGUCUGAUGUUAUUCUACAGGGCGUCUCCCGACCAGACAAGGUCAUCUUCCCCCCUCCAAACUGGAAGCUUGCCAAGAAUGUGAUGGUGGAACAGGAUGUCGGACCCUCCGUCCAGCACACUUACGAGCUGGUGAACAAUGGGCCGAGUCGCAUCAGUCACACUGUCCUGCAGCUGAAGUGCCCCAUGAGGCUCAUUUACCCUCUGGAGGUCACGACUGAGGGCCCUGUUAACUGCACCACCCACAACAUAGUCAACCCAUUGAAGCUGAAGCUGCAGCAGUCCUCAACCGAGCAGCCUCCCUUACGAGACGGGGCGCACGAACAUCACAUCGAGAAGAGGGAAACGCACAAGGGCGAGCUGUCUCAAAUGGCCAAUCUGUCUUGCUCCAGUGUGGAUUGCUGGACGUUAACGUGUGAUGUUGGCCUGUUGGAGAGAGGGACGAGUGCCAUACUGCACAUUCGCUCGCGGAUCUGGGCCGAAACAUUUAUGGAGAAUCCAUACAAGAGCUUUGUUUUAGAGUGUCUUGCAAGUUACAAAGUAGAAAAGAUGCCCUAUGCUAUUUUGCCCAAGGUGACUCCUAGUGGUGCCAAAAAGAUGGUCACUCCUGUGGUCUGGAACAAAAUAGGCAGUACAUAUGCUGUACCUCUGUGGAUCAUCAUUCUGGCUAUUCUUGCCGGCCUUUUACUGCUUGCCCUGCUCAUUUAUGUCCUCUACAAGCUCGGCUUCUUCAAGAGAACUCAGUACGGCACGGCUAUGGAAAAAGCCCAGCUCAAACCUCAGGCCGCCUCUGAGGCCUAAACUACACGGACAAAACACGCCAAAGAAUGUUUUUAACCAGAAGCCAUCAAAGACAAGGUUCAUUGCUGUUUAAAAAACAAAGACUAGACUGCAGUAGAGGAAUGUGGAGGAAAGAUCACUGGAUCUUCACUGUACUGCGCUAAGGGACGAGACCCUGAGGACUUCAAGCCAAAUGAAUGUUGUGUUGAUUUUAUUUUUUCUUGCUGUGGGUUUCGAUUUUAAACCACCACUUAUAGCCUACCACUCGCAGACAGUUUGGGUUUAUCUGAACCGAAGCUCAGGAUCAGUUGCCUUGUAGCGUGCUAACGGAAAAGCGCAGCAACCAAUGAGAAUCUCUCUUACAGAUUCUGCCCAGGACUGACACUCACCUGCACUAAUACGUUUUUACCUUUACAAUUUCACUUAGUUGUUGGUUUUAGUCUGCACCUCCUCAUAUGUUUUAAACAUUUAAGAUGCUUAAGCAAUCCACAGUGUAGCACCAAAAUCCAAAGAGUUUGAUACAGGUGGGUUUGUUUGUUUGUUUGUUGUGUUUUGAAUGUGAGAAUGAGGUAGGAUACCUCACCAUGGACCCUCGUCUCCAUGUUCCUGCUGUUGUUUUUUAACAAAGACAUUGUAAAUGUUUUAUGUUUUGUUGUGUGAGCGUUUUCGGUUUGAAUGAGAUGUUCUCAGCUCAGUCACCUCCUCCAAAGAAAAGUUGGUUUCGGUCUCAGGUGAUACUGUGGAAAAGCAGCACACAGGUCCGGUGCCGUGCCGUGCCGUUUCCAUGGAAACAUUGUCAGGAUCUUUUAUGGAAGGCGACCGCUCUUCCUUGCCGCCGUGUCAGAGGGGGACAACAAGAAACAUUGUCCCGGGCUCUGGGAUGAUGGGGCGGAGAUCCGUUCUGUUGUCUUACUAAGUUAUUAGUAACAAGCAGUAGCGUUGCCUUUGUAGUCAUCUGGGACACAACUGGAUCCACAUCGAGCCUGUGAAACCUUGAAGCAGAGCUGUGCUUUGCCAUUACACUAUUAGACUCUUUGGACCGCUGUUGACUUGGAAUGAGAAGUCUGUUUGUCAGUGCGCAUGCAGGUCACACAUUAGUAUAACAUGCAUAGACAACUGACUCACGGACUGAAAGCGUACCCGUUCCAAGGUAGCAGUAACUCAUCCAGGGACUGAAUGUUGAAAUACACCUGUAAAGUUUCUUCUGUUGAAUGCGUGUGUGAGGAGAAGAUGUGGAGAUAUGAGAAACUGAGACUUUUGUCCAAAUGCUCAGCUCGUGGGGCUUCACAGUAAGUGACAUUCAGAGAGUAAAAAUGCUUUUGUACUUCAUGGUGCUAAAGUGGCCAAACAAGAAGAUAUCGCAAUCACCUAUCAUGCAAUUCUUGUCUCGACGAGCCACUUAGAAAGGGAAAGCAUUUCCCACUGUGGAAUGUGUAGGACAUGUAUGGAAGUGCAAUAUAUUUUAAUCUAUUCAUUUCAACCUUUUUGUCAUGUGUAUAUUAAUACUUUAUUUCAGUUAAGUUCUCUGGAAUUCAAAUUAUUUGAAGACAACACCCGGUUUGAGGGUUGAAAUUAGCCCUGAAGUUUGGGUAGUUCUAAAAACAGUACACUGUUUAUACUGGAGUCACAUUUUUUUGCCAAAAAUAUUCAAAUCAGAUUUAUUUGUAAAAAAAGCUAUUUUCAUUCGCAAAGUGAUUGUGUUGUAAAUACAUAUAGUAAACGGUAACCAACAAAAAUCUCUUGUCACUGAAUUAAGACUGUUUAUUGUAUUUUGGCUGUGGUGUGGCUUUAUGAGCAGAUGCUGCAGAUUUUACUGCGACACUCCUAGAUGGCACAAAACCAACAAACGCAGAGACCACUUGAAACCUUGGCGAUGUUUUUUUUUAUGUUUUGAAUCUCUUGUACAUUUUCAAAAACAUUAUUUAUUCCUCCAAAAGUUACAUUGUAAACCUGAGAUUUUUGCUUUUUAACACUGGGUAUGUCUUCUUAUUUCUAUCCCAUAAAACCCGAAUUCUUUUUUUUUUUUUUUUUGAGUUGUAAAUAUGUCUGGUGAGGAGAUUAUUGUAAUUUUUAGCUGAGUUCACAUGGUAUUUCAUCGCCCCAUAUUGGGGAGAAUCAGAGGGAUGUUCAAGUAAUUAUUUGUAUUUACAGUUUGCAUUUUAAAAUAAAUCUUUUUGUACAAAUUCUUUGUUGUUGUUUCCAUGAUAUGAUGAGGUUUUUGUAAAUGUUUAGCAAUGAUGGGGUGGGUGUG